AUAGGGACAAACAAUUGUAACUAUUUUUCGAACGCGGUCUUUUAUUGUGUUGGGGAAAGGAGCUCGCUCUCGAUCUCCCUCUCUCUGGUAGGAGACUUGGAUCCUCUUUCUCUCGUCUUCUUCCAGAUUUCCACCCUGUUAGCGUCUCCGAUCUAACGGUUGCUAGAUUAAAGAUGGGUAUCGCAUCAAAAACUAGCGACUCAGAUGAGGGGACGUUGGAGAUUGGCAUGGAAUAUAGGACUGUUUCUGGUGUUGCUGGUCCUCUAGUCAUUCUGGAAAAGGUCAAGGGUCCAAAAUAUCAAGAAAUUGUUAAUAUAAGACUUGGAGAUGGCACAACAAGGCGUGGACAGGUUCUAGAAGUUGAUGGCGAGAAAGCUGUUGUGCAGGUUUUUGAAGGAACAGCUGGAAUUGACAAUAAGUAUACAACUGUUCAGUUCACAGGAGAGGUUUUGAAAACCCCAGUAUCUCUAGAUAUGCUGGGGCGAAUUUUUAAUGGAUCAGGAAAACCCAUAGAUAAUGGUCCUCCAAUCCUGCCUGAGGCAUAUCGAGACAUUUCAGGGAGUUCCAUCAACCCUAGUGAGAGAACAUAUCCAGAAGAGAUGAUUCAGACAGGAAUAUCAACAAUUGAUGUGAUGAAUUCUAUUGCGAGAGGACAGAAAAUCCCACUAUUCUCUGCUGCUGGACUUCCUCAUAAUGAAAUUGCUGCUCAAAUCUGUCGCCAAGCUGGGCUUGUUAAGCGGCUGGAAAAGACUGGGAACCUUUUACAGGAUGUAGAAGAAGAUAAUUUUGCCAUAGUUUUUGCGGCAAUGGGGGUGAACAUGGAAACUGCACAAUUUUUCAAACGGGAUUUUGAAGAGAAUGGUUCAAUGGAGAGAGUCACUCUAUUUCUGAAUCUGGCCAAUGAUCCAACCAUUGAGCGAAUUAUAACUCCACGAAUUGCCCUAACAACAGCAGAAUAUCUAGCCUACGAAUGUGGGAAGCAUGUCUUGGUCAUAUUAACUGAUAUGAGUUCAUAUGCAGAUGCACUUCGUGAGGUAUCUGCUGCUCGGGAGGAGGUGCCAGGUCGCCGUGGUUAUCCUGGAUACAUGUACACCGAUCUGGCAACAAUUUAUGAACGUGCUGGUCGUAUUGAAGGACGUAAAGGAUCCAUAACGCAGAUCCCCAUUUUGACCAUGCCUAAUGAUGAUAUUACUCAUCCAACUCCUGAUCUCACUGGCUAUAUCACGGAAGGCCAAAUUUACAUUGACAGGCAACUUCACAAUCGACAGAUAUAUCCUCCAAUCAAUGUCCUUCCUUCACUUUCACGGCUUAUGAAGAGUGCUAUUGGUGAGGGUAUGACACGACGAGAUCAUGCUGAUGUAUCAAACCAACUGUAUGCCAACUAUGCCAUUGGCAAGGAUGUUCAAGCAAUGAAGGCUGUGGUGGGGGAGGAAGCACUCUCAUCUGAGGACUUGUUAUAUCUCGAGUUCCUGGACAAGUUUGAAAGGAAGUUUGUCACCCAAGGUGCAUAUGACACUCGUGAUAUUUUCCAGUCGCUGGAUCUAGCAUGGACUCUUCUUCGCAUCUUCCCUCGCGAGCUUCUGCACCGUAUUCCAGCAAAGACCUUGGAUCAGUUCUACAGUCGAGAUGCUUCUCACUGAUCAUUUUUGUUAGCAACCUUAGUUGGAUUUUGUACGUGGGUUUGGCCUCCGACCUGGCUAUGUGCACUUUGCGGCUUCCGUCCCGAGGCGCCUUCUUAAACGUUAAAAGAAGACGAAUAAAGCGGGAAUGAACCUUGUUCAGCUAACUCCUAUAUCAAUUAUUCUUUUAUUUCUGCAUAAGGAGAUUAGCCUAGUGGUAUAAUUUUUUGGUUGCAGUGUAAAAUUUAUGCUUGUAUUAUGUACCUCCUUCCUAAUAUUAUGCUGGUAAUGUA